UAAUUUAUUUUUCUCAUUUCUUUCGAGCUAAUCGAUAUAAUUUCGCUUCUCUCAUGCUAUAUUAUGCCAGGUCUAUCGAUUAAGAUCGGUUGGGCAUAUGUAUACAGCAUAGGAAAGAGCAAGCGCAAAAUAUAAUAUUCGCAGAUGAAUAUUUCAGACACAUACUUUCGAUCUAGAAAAUGUUUUGUUUUCCUAUUGUAUCAUCCACUUUAUGGAUCAUAUAACGCACAAAACAAUGUGCGAUAGAAAGAAGAAAAUCUCAGAUGUCCAAAUAAAGACGACACGCACGACGGCUGUCUUACGCUCGAUGUGUGAAGAAUUUAACUUUGAAUGUGCCUUGUGCUGUUUGUUGUAGCCACGCAAGAAAAUCGUCAAGCAGAUUACACCUGCCGAACAGAGAAUAACUUGCCGGGCAAUCAGCAGGGUGUAUUUCUUCCUCUUCAACCUAUUCCUUUCUGGUAUCCCGAGGGUUGGUGGGGUUAUUAUCCCGUGCAGUAUAAUGCUGUAUCCAAUAAGAUCGCGAAUGAAACGGACAGACAUUCUUUUCCUUUUUACGCAUAUCCGAAUGGAAGAACGUACGUUGGAUCCUUUUAUCCGGUUUAUAAUGAAAACUUUGCGGAUGCGAUGACACAAAUGAGAGUUAUGGGCCGAGAAAAUUCUUCAGGCCAAUACGCUGGUUACACGGCCGUAAUUUAUCCUCAAGCAGGCUACAACGAUAUUCAAUCUGCAUCGCACGUUGAUGAAAACAAAUGCAAUUAUAUCGACGAUCGUUUUACCACUGCCGAUUCAUUUUUCGCUCAAAACAAUAGACUAGAUUUUAUGCCAAACAGCACGGUUAAUGAAUCAAAAAACACUGUUUUGCCCAAGAUUAAUCACAAGAUUAACCAUUUGGAUGCACAGUCGAAUGACACGUAUAAUCCCAAGAGUGUCAGCGAAAACUCCAAUACUAAUAGAGAAAAAAAUUGCAUAACCACGGCGAUGAAUAUAAUCGAGGAGGAUAGCAUAUCGACGGAUAAUUCCAACAACAUUGCAGUUACUAAUAAUAUCGAAAUGCCGGGAAAAAAAACAUUUGGUCCUUAUAUCAACGUGCCAAAUUACACCUAUAUAGAUACUAGCGAUUCUGGUGCUUCUAGCGAUUCUAACGAUUCCAGUGACUCUAAUGAUUCUACCUCGGACAACGAACAACUUUCGCAUUCUUGUCAGAAGAAUCAUAGCCUUAGCAACGAUACUACUUUCAAUAAUACGUCAUCCGAUAGUGAUUCGGAUUCGUAUAUAGCUUAUUCCACAAGCAUGAACCCUUACGGGAAAUUGGAGAAAGAUCCGUGCGAUUUCUCUUUGAACGAGGAUCGCACCGACAUCACAGCUGCAUGUUCGACAUAUCCUAGCGCUAAUAAUCUACAUGGAUGCUCGCGAGAUUUUUCCGAAAAUCGUAAUCACACCGAGGAGAUACGUUUCAAUAAGGAGCAUAUCAAUUACUCGAACGAUCGUGUAAACUCUCGUGCAACAUCGUGUCAGCAAGAUAUUGCAUACAUUGCGAGCGAGAUAUGUAACGAUGAGAAUUCAACCAUUGAUCGAAACGAUCUUGACUCUUAUUCCAGUAAGAGCACCGGCGAACAUCACUCGGAGCAACACGAUCAGCGACCGGAUCUGGCGACCAACAGCACCGUUUUCCAUGUUCAGUUGAACGAUGAUCGUGAAAACGUGGAACAACCGGACUCCGAGACUCCUUGUUACAAGAGUAAGGAGAGAAUCGAAGCUUUCUUUGAAGCGACCGACGAUCCUCCCGACACCGAUGUCGAGAGCACGAUGGUCAGCGUGAGCUUGCCCCUGAGAUUCAAGUUUUUUGUAUCGGAAGACAACGAAGACAUCACCACUGUGAUUGUCGGCGAUAGCGAGAUAAAGGCGGAAAAAUCCUGCAACGAGUAUUUCUCGAUGAAGGAUGAUGUUUGCGUUGACUUUCAUGUCGGCAACGAUACUAACGGAUACAACAGUUUGAUUGUUAGUCAGAACGGAAAUUUGAACGAGAAACUAAACGGCCAGCGAUCAAAACGGCGUGUGAUUUAA